GCUCCAGCCAGCAUCACUACCCGACUUGGCUCUUUCGCCAUGCAGCUCUUCGCCGACUCGCAGACGCACUUCGCGGCCGUGUCCGAGGACGGCCGCCUUAAAGUGUGGGACGUGUCCAAUGGCGCGUUGCAGCAGGAGCUUAAGGAACGCGACCACCUCAGCUACCGUUACACGAGUCUGGCAUGGACACAGCCUAAAACCAAGGGCAAGAAGCGCAGCGGCGACAGCGGCCUAGGACUACUGGCAUUAGGCACCAGCAGCGGCAUCGUCGUAGUCUGGGAUUUGGCCACGGGUGAGGUCAAGCACACGCUUCAGGCGGACGCAGUGCACGGCUCGGGCGCCGUACAGGCUUUAACCUUUAACCCUCAGGGCUCGCUGCUGUACUCGAGCUCGAGUGACAAGCACGUACUUGAAUGGAACGUUAGCAAUGGCAAAGUGGAGCGAAAAUUCCGCUGCGGUUCGGGCGGCGCGUCGGCGCUCGCAGUCUCAGCGGACGGAGAGAUUCUGGCAGUCGGCGGCUCGGCGCUGCGCACGUUCGAUUUAUCCUCGGGCAAGAAGAGCAGGAAGCUCGUGUCAGGCUUGUCGACUGCUGUGACGCAGCUGCGGUUCGCUAAUGUGGAGACCGGCAUCGAGUCGUCCAGGUUCCUUUUCGCAGCAACUGCGGGCGCACGUUUCGUCAAUAUGUACGACUUGGAGCUGACGGAGCACGACGCGCCGGCCCUCACAUUCAGUCUGCCCAGCAGUGCUGACGCUGUGUUUGCACGCGCUUCGGUGGGUGAAGCUGUGACGAAGAAGAGCAAGAAGAACAAGAAGAGUAAAAAGGAAAAGGAGGCUGUUAAGCCUGUGAUUAAUCUGCUGGUGGGCGCGACGGCUGCGGCCGGUGCCAUGUUCCUCUGGGCGCACAAGUAUCAACAGGUGGAGGACGCAUCGGAGCUGGCGUUGGCGUCCAAGCCGCUGCCUCCCACGCUCUCAACAGCGGAGAGUGCUGGCAUCUUAUUAGCUGAGCUUAGCACGCAGAAGGAUAAGACGGAGGUGCUGGUGGCGCGUGGAUCUCUCGUCAAGCCUGUGUUCGAGACAGUCUCCCCUGUGGAGGAGAAUACGCCGAGUCAAUGGAAGAAAGAGCUCGAGUUUACUGAGAUCAGUGACGCUCUACUACUCACGGCUGAGCGUGCCGACAAGAACGGCAAGCGACAGAAGGUGGAAGCUACUGCUGAAGACGAGAAGACCCACGUGCCGACACUGAGUGAACGUCGUGCACUAGCCAACUCCAUGGCAGUCGUAGACGACACCACCAGCUUUGAGGACCUGGACGGUGACGAGGACGAAGAGGACGAGCUGACGCUCGCAGAACGUGUCGAGGCUCUACGUGAACGCGUCGAAGGUGACGUGACUGCUGCUCUUAGCCGUGCGGAGCGUGACGCCGACGCCCCGGAGGAUAAGGACAACAAGCCUGAUGCUUCGUCGCUGGCUAGUGUUCUAGAGCAGGCUCUACAGGCGCGUGACAACGCUCUAUUGGAGUACUGCUUGCGUACGCGUGACGUAAAAGUGGUAGCCAAGACUGUGGCUCGCGUGCCGGCGUCCCGUGUCCUGGCGCUGCUGGAAGUGAUCGUUCGGAAGCUUGAGCGCUCGCCGAACCGGUUCGCACGUCUGUGUCCGUGGCUGCGUGCGGUGCUGCUGCAUCACACGGCGUACCUAGUGGCUCAGCCCGAUCUCGUGCCUAGUCUAUCAGCGUUGUACCAGCUUUUGGAGACGAGAUUGCAGGUGCAUGAACAGAUGCAGAAGCUGUCGGGUCGCCUGGCGCUCGUGUUGGGUCAGAUCCACGUCAACAAUGGCAACAACGAACAGGAAGACGACGAGACUCGCGCCGCUGUGGUGUACCACGAAGGAGAAGAGGAAGUGGAGGUCGAUGGUGACGAUAGCAGCCAAGAAGAAGAAGACGAGGACGACGUAGAGACUGAAGACGAAUGA